AAUAAAUAUCUAAACUGUUGAAAAUUGAAUAAUUAAUUAUUUAAUAAUGAAUGAAGAAGAAAACUGCUCUAUAGAAAUACGAAAACCAUCAAAAAUACUCCACUUUAGUGAUGGAACUCUUGAAGUCUUUGAUGAUGAUCAGGAGCAAAAGGAUGAGAUUAUCAAUAAAAAACCUGAUGUCAAUGAAAAAGAACUCAAGUGGACUUCAUGGCUAAUUCACAAAGCAAAACGGUUUGGAAAUGUUAUUUCGAAUGGUUUAGAUUAUUCUGGAGAAAAAGUUGGAGAUUUUUUUGGUUUGACAAGUCCAAAGUAUGCUUAUGAGAUUGCUGCCUUUGAAAGGGAACAAGCUAGAGAAUCAGAACGAAAGAAAUUGGAAGAAGAAAACAACUGGCAGAAACCUGAAAAACCUAAUUCCAAUGAGCCCAUCAUACGACCACCUGAAAUAUCUAAAGAACCAGUGAUAUAAAUUUACAAAAUCUCAGUUAUUAACUUCCUUGUGAUUUUAUGAAUAAAUUAUUUGUAACAUAUAAUUCAACUGCAAUAAAUUAAUUUUAUAUACAUAUACAGAAUAUUUAGUCUGAAAAAAGAAAAGAAACGUUAUUUGAAUAAAUAAUAAGAAUUCUCUCAAUAAAAGAAUUUUCUAGGUCAUGGUUUUGAUCUAGAAAAAAAAAUGUAAAUGAGUACUUUAAUAAGAAAAAAAAAAGGUUUAAAGAGG